GAAAUAAUGUCGAUGAUUGAAGAAGUGCAACUUGGUUCCAAUUAAGAUAAAAAUAUCAAGGUUCACAGAUCGAAAAGCCCUGAAUUACAAGCUUAAUGAACACGUUUCAUUACAUUUAGAAUGGACACUCGGAGACGGUUUACUCAAGGUUUACUCUUAGCAGGAGCUGGAGUAUCCGUAGGAUUGAUCGCUCUGGGGAUAUAUAGACGUAGAUCUCAUAUAACAAGGAUGGACAGAGAGAUUUUUUCUCAUAUAUCCGUAGAACGUGGAGGACGAAUUAGUUUAGUAUCAAGUGCAUCAGACUGGGAGAAGAUAUGGAAGGAUGUUUCUAGUGACCUGGAGAAAUUUCCCUUCCUUGGACUAGAUACAGAAUGGGUUAACAGUAAGGGUUAUGUUGGUCCUAUAUCUCUGCUCCAGCUUGGAACCUUCUCAGGGCAUGCUAUCCUGGUCCGACUGUGUACACUAGACAAGAUUCCUAUCUCACUCAGGGAUAUUCUAGCAAACCCUGAUAUUAUUAAGGUAGGAGUUGCUGUACUGGAUGAUAGUAGUAAACUUCUAGUUGAACAUCAACUUGAUGUACUAGGUUGUCUCGACCUUCGACACCUUGCUGUCCUCCAGCAGGAUAAACCUGGCAAACUAGGUCUCGAGGCUCUAGCUCUUAACUAUCUCGGAGUUCAGCUGGACAAGGAUUGGCGCAUACGAUCUGGAAACUGGGAAGCUCCAGAACUUUCUCCACGUCAGCUGACCUACGCAGCUAAUGACGCUCUUGUAGCUAUCAACAUAUUCUGGGUUCUACUUCGAACCCAGUUCUGCUCUGAUCUAAGCUCAAGGUUUCACAUCCUGAGCUGGAACGGUCCUAGAUUAAUCUCCGAGUGUAUACAGGCAGUGGAGAGGUUUAUAGACGUAAGGUUCAGCAGUAAAGGUUGGAUGUCUGGAGCUCUGAGCUCUGAGAAGCAGAAAUCCACCAAGUUUCUUAGUGUACUGAAGCUAAAGGGAAACUCAAUUAGGAAGUCUCCUCUGUAUCAUAACUGUCAGCUGCAGGCACCAGACGGACAGGUAGUUAUGUACAAUAUAUGUACGUGUACAACAGAAAUUGUGGAUAGAGCCAGUGAUUGUAAUUUCCUUGAAACAAACGAUGAUUAUACUCCUCAUAGUAGAGCAGUAGUGCAUUAUUUCCUAAGAGAAGGAGGACUAAUAAAUCUUGAAGUUAAAUGGAGAAAACAUUUCCUGUCUAGUAUGAAACCUAAACAUCUCCCAGACCUGUGGAGUAUAAACCACCAGGAGGAAAGGUUGGGAGUCAAGGCUGCGGAGAACAGGAUUGAUAUGGAGCAGUAUAUAUUAGCUACACAGGGGUUUACUGUCGACCAGACCUUAGAUCUGGAAGAAUAUAGAAAACUGAAGAAACCUCAGCUUGGAAUUAACCCUGAUAAUCAACUCGAAGCCACGGAUCCUAACGAAGUUCUAGAAUCGAAUUUUGGAACUCCGGAACGUGAUUCCGGUUCUUCAGUCUCGGAAGAGAGUUUCUCAGAAUUUGUGAUUACAUAGAUUAUUUUGAAGCUUGCUAAAUUUAGACCAGAACUGUGAUUAUUUCAGAA